AAAAUACUAAACUCGGGUUCGAAGUCUCACUCUCGCUCUAUCUGUUUUUCUGUGUCUCUUCCUGCUUUAGAGGUUGCGACCUUUCUCUCUCACGCACACACACACUCAAUUACAUUAAACCCUUCACAAAUUACACCGUCAAAAACAGCACAAGGGGCUCUUCCUUUCUUCUUCAAUUACCCGCCCGAAAGGUCUCAACUGAUAGCAUUGCUGUGUCGGAAGAAGGAUUGUUUUGAGGAUUGUCAUGGUUGCAGCGAUUUUCUCCAAACGGUGUCGUUUUUCGUGAGGAUUGGUUAGGGUUUGAUGGAUUCCGCGGUGGAGAUCCAACCGGAGGUUGGAUCUGAUGGUGUGGGGGAGAAAAGGUUGGCUGAUGAUGAUGUGGAAUUGGUGGAACCAGCUCCGAAGAAAGCGAGGGGUGAGGUGAUUGGGAAUACGAAGAAGGUUGCUGAAAUGGUGCUUGUACUUGCUGCUUUAGGGAAGAUGAGAGGAGGUAGGGUUCCUACUGCUGCGGAGAGGGAAAUGAUGGCAGAGGCAAGGGAGAGUUUGGCUCAGGUAUGCCAAAGUUUUGCACCCAAGGAUGUGUUUCCAAGAGAUGCUUUUGGUGCUGUUAUGGAGGAUCUCGGUCUUAAUAAGCUGAAGGAUCAGAGGCUAGGAUUUCGCCCUCCCAAAGUGUCCAUUGCUGAGAAGUUACUGAUAGCCAAAGAAAAGUUGGAAAAAACUGAGGAAUUUGCUGUACCCGCUGCUACAUAUUCAUCUCAACGGCCUCAAUCUAAUAUGGCUGCAACAAUUGAAAACCGUGGUCCAUCACAUGUUCGUAUGUUUCCUCACAAUAAAGCAAAUCAUGCGGUAAAUUCCUCAGGAAGCUUGCAAUCUGCUUCGCCUUUGGUUCAUGGAACUCCGGCAAGUUCUGCACCAUUACCUUAUCAGCUGCCUACCAGUGAGGUCAGACCAGUAAUUUCUAGUGGAGUGGUCUCUGGGAAUCCAGUAAGGGAUUCUUCUCUAGUUGGAUUGCCCAGAGUUGACAGGCCAAGUUUCAGAAUGGAUGGACGACCAAAUGGAUCUUCCCAUGUGUUGCAAGUUCAAGCAACUUCUGGAGAUCAUUCUGCUAUAAGAACUCCAACCUGGUCGGUGCAACCUGCAUCAGUUGCAGCAGCUAAACGUGGACCAGAUACCAGGGUGACAUCACAGACAGGUAACAAAGUUGAGGGAGGAGCUGAUGUCAAAUCGCAAAUGACAGCAAAUAGGCCAUUUAUAACUCAGACCACAGCUGGAAAUCUACCAACUACACUCCCACACUUACAAGGGGCAAGCUUUGUCAAGUCUCCUCCUCUGAGCAGCACUCAUGCUGAAAUUGGCAAGAUCGUUCAGAAGUUUAUUCAACCGCGCCUCUCUGAGCGGCCUGCUUGGACUCCGCCAUCUCGCGAUUAUAUUAGUAAGGCUUUGACUUGCCAAAUGUGCAAAUCAACAGUGAAUGAGGUUGAUAAUGUUCUUGUUUGUGAUGCUUGUGAGAAAGGGUAUCACUUGAAAUGUCUCAAGAUGACAACUCAAAAAGGAGGUCCUAGAGGGGAAUGGCAUUGUGGAAAGUGCUUGUCAAUGACCAAUGGAAAACCCCCGCCUCCUAAAUAUGGUCGUGUAAUGAGGAAUUUUAAUGCCCCAAGAAUAUCUACAAUUGCAUCAGUUGUUCAAUCAUCACCGGAUAAAAAAGCUUCUGGUCUAUAUGAGAAGGUUAUUCUACAGAAGUUUGUACCGAAUGGAAAGGUUCCUUUGAAGAACUCGCCUCCCGUUACUAUGGAAAAUAAUGAUAGGAAUCUACCAUCUGAGCCAAUGAUGAGAAGUGAAAAAGAAAUGGGAGGAAAUAUUAUUGUGUCGGGUAAAGAAAAUAUGGAGAGUAAAGAUUCCAUGAGAUCUUGUUCAAAUAAUGUGACUGUAUCUUCCAGUGAUCAGUAUCUUUCUACAUCUGCUGGCUCACCAGUUAAUACAUCUUCUGAAGAAAAAGUGGUUGAGUUGAAACCUCAGGCUCAUCCUGAAACAGUUUGCCAUUCAUCUGAUCCCUCUCAAGCUCUUAAUCACCUGCAAAGAAAUGACCAUGAAGAGGUGGCAAACACAGCUGCGAUGCCAUUGAAGCUGGUUGGUGAAACUCAGCCCAUGAUCAGUAGAUCAAAUGUAGGUAACAGUUCCAGUAAUGAAUCUAAAAACGAAGAGCAAGCUGUUGAAAAAAUAAAUCCUGCUGAAACUGCUGUAGCCGCCAAUGAGGAUGCUGAGUGUAGUAGCUCAUCAUUUGAUCAUUUUCAAAAUGUUGACUGGGUUGGAAACGUUCUUCAAGUUGCAGAUGACAAGUAUUAUUAUCAAUCUUGCCGCAUUAAUGGAUUCAUAUAUAGUGUUCAGGACUAUGCUCUUAUACGUUUUGAGAAUGAGCGAUUGAUUCCUUCAAAACUUCUGGCUAUGUGGGAGGACAAAAAAGCGGGAACAAAGUGGGUUUCUAUCAAUCAAUGUUACUUUGCACGUGAAUUACCACAGUCUGUAGGCCGCCCAUGCUUGGAGAACAAUAAUGAGGUUUAUUUGUCUACUUAUAGUAGCAUAGUAAUGGCUGGCUUGAUACAAGGUCCAUGCGAAGUACAUCCUCCACGAAAGUUUACCGAGGAAAGUGAGAGGAGAGCUCGCCUAGCAAAGGGGUCUAAUGAUGUAUCACAACCUCUUUACAUAUGCAAAUGGAUUUAUGAUGAAUCAAAAGGGCUAUUUCGUGAUGUCUCUUGUUGAUAGGGGUCAGCUGAUAAUUAUCUUUCUAUUGCAACUGCUAUUGGCUCGUGUCUUUUGUCAGUUUGUUGCAGCAUUGGUGGCCAUUUGACAUUUGUGGAGGAAGUCUCAGAUGGUGUACAAUAUUUAGCUUUAGGUCCGAUCUGUAUCAUUCUUCCGGUAGUUAUUUGUGUCCUGUCCCUCCAGUUCUUUUCUGUUUUUAUUAGGUAGCAAUUUCAAAAGGUGAGAAAAGUAGGUUGAUGAAUAUCAUUCAUCCAGCUAAGUAUGAAAUAAAAACAUCCUUACUUUUAGCUUUCUAUUUUCAAGUAUCACAGUUCUCGACUCAGCUGUGACCCUCCUCCCUCCGCCCCCCCCUUAGAUUUGUGAAGACGCUUUCAAAACUCAGAAGGUUGUUGUUUGAGGCGAUGAUUGGCUGCUAUCUAUAAUAGACUUAAAUGUUAUACUGCUUCGUUUCGUUGGUGAUUUA